AUGCCUACCGGGCUCCAUCGAACUCUUACUAUGCGAACGGCUGGCUUCAUCACCACCAUUCGCUCAAAGAAAUCACAGUCAGAUCGCAGGAAUCGAAAGAAAAGUUCUAGCCGAUCGGCAACACUGAGAGACUCCACGACGUCGGCUAAACGGAUCAGCGCAAACACCACGGCCAGUGGCGAAAUAUUUCUUCACCAUUUGAAACAUCCGUAUCCAAAUUUCACUGGUCACUUCUUCAACGACGACGUGUUACUUGGCUUAGUGAACAUAUCACAGGCGGCGAGAGAGGGACGCGUCGAGAUAUUUCAAAACGAGAACAGGACUAUAGCAGAACUGAACAGUCUAGAUGAAGAUGGUUUGGCACCGUUGCACCAUGCUGCGCACUACGAUAGGACAGACGUGGUCGAAAUCCUCAUCAUGAGAGGGGCCAAUGUCAACAUCCGAGCAGAGGAAGACGACUCCACACCGCUGCAUUUGGCUGUAAAGUACCGCCGAGUAGUGACAGUAAAACUGUUACUCAAAUACAGCGCGGAUACAACGGCUCGUGAUAGGAAAGGACUGACGCCACUUCACAUGGCCGCAAGGAGAGGGUACGAAGACAUAGUUAGGAUUUUGCUGAAGAGGGGGAGAGCUGACUCGAACGCUCUAGAUGCAGACAAGUUAACGCCUCUUCACCAGGCAGCUAUCCAUGGAAACGUUGGUGUGUGCCGCCUUCUGGUUGACAGCGGUGCAAAUAUACGAGCCAAAGAAAUCAACGAUAUCACGCCAUUGAUGCUGGCAGCUACAGGCGGUCAUGUCAAUAUCAUGAAACUUCUUAUUGACACAGCAACCAUUAAGAGAAUAUCAUUGACGGACUACAUAGCAGAUGCUGACAAUGAAGGAAAUUCCACGCUUCAUCUUGCUGUCGCCAAUGGAAGUAUUGAGGCGACAGAACUUUGUUUGGAUCAUAAGGCAUUUGUUGAUAUUCGUAAAUGCAAUCUCUUCACGCCUCUUCACAUUGCUGCAGUUGGUGGGAUUGUACCGAUGGCAAAACUAUUAAUAAACCGUGGAAGCAGUAUUAAUGCCCGUGAUGUGGAACAAAUGACUCCGUUACACAGGGCGGCAAUGUACGGUCGAGUUGACAUGGUGAAUUACCUUAUCAGUCGGGGGGCCUCAGUUGACGCCAAAGAUGCGGAUAAUUUCACACCCCUAAUCUGCGCUGCAUGGAAGGGGCAAACACUUGCUGCGACUGCUCUCAUUCAGCAUGGUGCUAAGAUAUCAUCUGUUGAUACGGAGAUGAAAAGUUGUCUACAUUGGGCUGUAGGUUGUGGACAUCUGGAAUUUACUCUUACAAUCUUGUUAAGCGGCGGCGACAGCCUGCUGGACCUGAAAGACAAGAAUGACCAGACACCGAUGCACUAUGCAGCUGAAUUGGGCUUCCAUCAGAUUAUGAAGCUGUUCCUUGACUAUGGUGCCAAGAUUGACCCUAAAGAUCGAGACGAGAAGACACCUCUUCAUCUGGCAGCACAGUAUGGUCGUCUUCAGUGCGUACAAAUUUUGAUAGAGGCUAAUUCCAUGCAAAUUAACGAAGAUGACGUAGAAGGCAGAACGCCCUUACUCUUGGCUAGUUUGGAAGGACACUGCCGCGUGGUGAAAUGUUUAUUGUAUCUGGGAGCCGAAAUAACGAGCAGAGACGACAUCCACUGGUCAGCAUUAGCAUUGGCUAGCAGUAGAGGACAUCUUGACACUAUGGUAAUUCUGAUUGACAACCAUGCUGAAAUUGACGCCAUCGACAAAAAUAAGAACACACCUCUCCAUCUGAGCUGCGCGAAUGGUCACGUUGAAGCAACAGAAUUGCUUUUAAACAAAGGAGCUGACGUGAGCAUUCUGAAUAAUGCUGGUCAGAACUGUUUGGAUGCUGCUAUCGAGAACUUGCAAGACGGGACAUCAUCUGCAAUCAUCAACAACAAAAAUUGGCGAAUGGCUUUUAAACAUCGCGACAGAAAAGGAUACACACCGAUGAGACGUUUGAUAGAAAAGUUACCGAAGGUGGCGCUGUUGGCAAUGGAUAGAUGCGUGCACCAUUCACAUAUUGACCACGAAGAUCCGAACUUGAGGGUAACAUACAACUAUGAAUUCUUAGAUCCUGGGCCCGAUGAUAUGUUGAUGGGAUCAAACGAGAGGUACUUUGCACUAACGACUAUGGUUAAACAUGGAAGAGAGCAGCUUCUCAGUCACGAACUCUGUCAGACACUGAUGGCGCUCAAAUGGACUUCGUUUGUUCGUUAUUUUUUCUACACAAAAUUUCUCAUACACGUGGUGUUUAUGGUCGGUCUGACGUCAUAUGCUGCCAUCAGUGCUCCCAUAUUGACCAGUAACCUUGACGAAUAUGGGUGCUCCGUCAUAGGAAACGUAUCGAUUUCAUCCAUGAAACGGCAGCAUGGUGUACUUCUUUCCUGUAUAGAGUUUGCUGUCAUUGGUUUUGUCUUACUGAACGUGUUGAAGGCAACAGUAGACAUGUAUUCGCAGAGGCUUCGUUAUUGCACCAAGUUCUCUAACCUUAUCCAUUGGAUUAUGAUGUUUACCUCUUGCGCAUUCGUCAUACCACCAUUCUCUGCACCGUGUGCCGUUAGUUGGAUUAAUGGUGCUUUAGGCAUAUUUCUUGCUUGGAUUAUCUUCCUAUUGUACUUACAGAGAUUUGAUCAAAUAGGAAUCUAUGUUGUCAUGUUUGUUGCUGUGCUAAGUUCAUUGAUGAAGGCUAUAAUUGUGUAUGCGUGGUUUAUUGUUGCCUUUGGUUCAGCAUUCUUUAUAAUGUUAGCUCGUUUGGAACAGUUCAACACUCUAGGUGGCGCUUUGAUUAAGACGUUUGUGAUGACCAUUGGAGAAUUUGACUACGCAGACAUAUUUCACACUGAUACUUCUCUGGAACCGUUUGAAGCAAGCAGUCGCAUUGUAUUCGUCAUCUUUCUGUUCCUUAUGCCAAUUGUGUUGAUAAAUCUUAUGAUCGGUAUCUCGGUUGGCGACAUUGAGGGUGUACAAAAAGGGGCUUUUCUGAGACGUCUCGCUAUGCAGGUCGAACUCAUCACUGACAUUGAUAGGAAAAUGCCACUGUGUUUUCAACGUAAAGUAUAUGCCAGGGAAGUCAUGGUGGAGCCAAAUAAAAAGAACGAUACAAGAAUAAACAAGGUGAUACGUUUUUUCAUCGGCAGCUCCAACGACACUGAGUUUGUAAGUAUCAGUGACAAAGAUAGAGAUAAGAUGAGACUAGAAGAACUGAAACAAGAGAUAAUCAAACAGAAACUUAGUCAGCGCCAAGUGUGUAAUAUCCUACAACAACAAACUGAAAUGCUGAGGAAAAUAAGCGAGAAACUGGAUAUCACCAUUGAUGCAGAAGAGUUACCCAUGGUACAGUUACCGAGACCAUACAGCAGUGUAAGCGCUAAUACAUAUUAUGGAUGA